AUGGAAUCUCGCGGUUUGACUCUCCGGAGCAAGUCACGCCGGCCUCGUCCACAGAUCAGUGCUCCGCAACCGAUAUCUGGCCCUCUACCCCCUAACAGCAAGGCGGCCGGUCCCAGCCAGCAACUGACACCUCCAAGCUCGCGCUCACGAGAGCGUGGCCCUCAAAACGAUGCAACAUCCGAUCUAGUAAAACGCCGGUACUCAACUCGAUUUAAUCAAGUUCCGGAUUUUGAUGCUCCCCCACUACCCAGUUUACCAAAAGUCCCUCCCCAGUUUGGUGCACUUAGUUUACCUCAAGAGAGCAAGAGACCAUCGGGGGAAUCUUCAGGGCCUCCUCCGGUUGACCUGAAUGCGCUGCGCGACCCCAGUUUGCCGGUAGAUAAAUAUGUGGCCGAACUCCUCAGCAAUGCCACCGAAGAUGAUAUCGAGGAAUAUCAGAAGAGUCUACGCAAAUUAAAAAACAGAACGUCGACCGACCUCCAGCAGAAUGUGUAUCAGAACCGGACACAAUUUAUCAAGAUCAGCAAAGAGGCGGACAAACUCAAGGGAGAAAUGCAGACCCUCCGCACCUUGAUGGCUGAGCUGACCACUGCUUUGGGGCAAACUGCGAUUGGUGAUACGCCGAAUCCCAUGUCGCCGACUGUCGAUGAGCGGUUGCCUAAGCGAAAUGCAAAUCGAAGCUCAGUCGCCAAUCUCGAGAGCAUGUGGAACGUACAGCUGCAGGCAUUGUGGAAGACGGUUGAAGGGUCACAAAAGUUCUUACCUGUGGUACCUGGGCGGCACAUAGUGAUGGAAACAGGCCAUUGGGUCGAGCUGGAUUCUGCGACCUGGAAGCCGAGGCGACCAGUCCACAUCGUCCUUCUAAACGAUCAUUUGCUGGUGGCGGCGAAGAAGCGGAAACGUGUGGAUCAGGGCAACUCGAAUCAUCGUGGCCCUGUGCCAACCAAACUUGUCGCUGAGGAAUGCUGGCCACUGCAGGAUGUUGACAUGAUUGAUCUGGGGGCGAAUCUGGGCCCCGGGGUGACGCGCGAAGAAGCGGAAGACCGUGGGAUCACCAACGCCAUCAAUAUCCGAGUGGGAUCUGGGCCUUUUACCUAUCGCCAUGACAAGCGGGAUAGUUCCGCCAAGAGUGAUCUUCUAGCAACGUUCCGAAAGACUGUGGAGGACCUUCGGCGGACUCUCCGGUCGGAAACCGAGGCAGCGAUCAUGUCACCUGAUCCGUUUAACUACAUGGGCGCCAGACAGUCUAUCUAUGCCGCCAAACCGGAUACGUUGGACAAAUUGGAAAGUUCGCGCAAUCCGCCGGAAGUGCGAAUUGACGUGGAUGGAAAGCAGCAAAAUCUGCGCUGGGUGGAAAGCCAAGUGGAUGAGCUGGAUAUCAAUAUAGCUCUUCAACGAUUUGAUGAAGCCGUCGGUAACAUAGAGCGACUGCGAAAGCUCGCCCGGGGGCUGAAAGGAAAUUCGGUCGCGCAGGACGUGAUCAAUACUAAAGUGGAUGAUCGGGCUGCCAAACUGGCGGCGGUUUUGUCUCGGGUACUGGUUGACAAGCAUUCGUUUAUGAACGCGACCAAGACCCAUGUUGGAUGGCUCACGCGCUUAGGUUUUGAGGACCAAGCGCGGGAAGUGUACCUCAAGUCUCGAUCCGACAUAGUCUCCAAACGGAUUCGGGCAUGUGUUUUCGAAGGCGACCUUCCGCUCUACAUAUUCCAAAUAUCCUACAUCUAUUUCACGUUGAUCAAGAACACGAUCAACAUUUAUCAGCAGUGCUUCCCUCCCGUGAUGACAAGCGCGUGCAUUAAAUGGGCGAAACAACACCUGGACGACUUCAAUGCGCUUCUUACGCGGCAACUCAGCAGCGUCCAGCGUGGCACCACGGUUUGGCAAAAAUGCAUCGACAUUGUGCACGAACAAGCCAGCCACCUUUCCGAAGUUGGAGUGGAUUUCGCGGACCUGGUCGCGAGUGGACUUGACACGAAUGGAGACGAGCCAACGGAGCGGCCGAAGAUGACACGCUCGGAGUCGUUGAUUUCGGGUUUGGCCGAAGCGGCCAAAGGCUAA